CUGCGUUGGUUGGAAUUGCGUUGAGGCGAAAUCCCCAGAAGCAAGACGGAAAAUUACGGAGAGAAAACUUCCGCUCCCUCGGAAAAUUAAGCAGAGAAAACAAGAGCUAUUCGUCAGCUAUAUCUACACUCGAAGAAAAAGAAGAUGAGAACGCAGAAACGUAUGAAAAACUGCCUUCAAAGGAAAAAGCUGUGUAUGCUAAACGUAUGAUGAAAUUUCUAAGAGCAGUUUAUAUGGUGCAAGCACUUAGACUAUCACCUGGAUUCCUUGAGGUUCUAUCACAAGAUCCCGACUUACUAGACUGUCAGCCACCUCUUCUACAUAGUCUACUAUUUUUGGUGCUGGAAAUCUGGCCUACAAGAGGUUGCUUGCGGGCUAUGGCAUACUUACUCAAGGUUUCUCCUAAUAUAGCUCGUUUGGUUCUUGUAUCGAAGGAGUCGAAAUUAGCAGACGUUGGAGAUGGCUGGGAAGCAGGAUUGUCAUUGCCAGGAAUGUUGUCUCACCUCAGAUUUGUCCGGAUUGAAGAAGUGGAAGGAUGUGAUGCUGAGCUCAAACUUCUGAGUUUUUUGUUGAAAAACGCAAAAUUUUUGGAGGAAGUUGUUUUAAAAUUUCGUUCUAAUAAUGGCUCGCCAGAGGGAGUGAGGCAAUUUCAGGAAAAGCUAAGAUUGGUUCCUACAGCUUCUUCAAGUAUCCAAAUGGUGUUUAAAACUUAGCUGAUGAUAUCGUAAGCUUUACUAGAACCUGCAACCAAAGAAGUCAGAAAAUCCGAUGUAGCAAACUAACAACCGAUACUUUUAUGCUCGGUUAUGAAGAAAGAAAAUACCUUGGAAGCCUAAACAUUGAGUAUUUUGAUGUUUGAUAUUUCUGUAUUGCAUCUGUUGUUGGUGAUAUGUCUUCUUCUGUGAAAGGAGUGAUUGAAAUGUCUAUUAGAGACUUCCUAAACACUAAUUAAAACUGUUCUUCAGUGCUGAUGAUUAACUGAACUUUUGUCUACAAAA